ACGGGCCGGUCCCUCUCUCUCUCUCUCUCUCUCUCUGUCACACACACGCAUUCAACUCCCUUGUCACCAUGCCAGGCUCUACAAGCACAAUGAAUGAGCUCCCUGUGACUUCCAGCAAGGCACUGCCCAUGACCACCUCGACCAACGAUCUGGUCAAUAUCGCCGAUCAGCACAUUACAAAAGGUUUGGGUAGGCUCCGCGAUCACGUUUUUAAGGAGGGUAAAGGUCUUCGAGUCUUGACCACGGAUGGCAAGCAAUUGCUCGACUUCUCCGCUGGGAUCGGCGUCACUUCUCUCGGACACAGCCACCCUGAUGUCACUGCUGCUAUCAUCGCUCAAGCCCAGAGCAUCAUCCACGUUCAAUGUGCCAUUGCAUUGUCGGAACCCUAUGUGCAGCUCGUCGAAUCACUCCUGGCUAUGAUGCCUGAUCCGAGCCUUGACAGCUUUUUCUUCUGGAACUCUGGCGCUGAGGCAGUGGAAGCCGCUGUCAAGAUUGCGAGGACGAAGACCCAUCGACAGAAUAUCAUCGUCAUGCAAGGCGCAUACCAUGGUCGUACAAUCGGCGCUUCAUCCUUGACCAAAUCCAAAACGACCUUUUUCAAAGGUACUGGACCUCUGAUGCCCGGCGUCCACGCCACACCAUUCCCAUACUGGCACGCUAUGGGCUUGCCGAAAGACACUCCUGAGGAAGUCUUGGUAGAGAGAGCCUGCAGAGACUUUGAUAACAUCCUGAAACAACAAUGUGCACCCGAAGAUACCGCUGCAGUCUUCAUCGAGCCCGUGAUUGGAGAAGGCGGCUAUGUGCCUGCUCCCGCAGCUUACGUUCAACACUUGCGAAAGCAAUGCACAAAGCAUGGCAUCUUGCUCGUGGCGGACGAGAUUCAGACUGGAUUCUACCGUACAGGCAAAAUUUGGGCUAUUGAGCAUUCCGACGUGGUUCCCGACAUGAUGACCUUUGCGAAAGGAAUCGCGAACGGUAUGCCAGUAUCUGGCGUGGUGACGCGUAAGGAGAUAAUGGAUGCCAUGGCUCCAGGAUCUUUGGGCGGAACUUACUCUGGUAACGUUGUUGCGUGCGCUGCUGGAGUCGCCACGACGAGAUACAUGCGUUCGCACGACAUGCUGGGCAACGUCGAAGCUCGUUCAAAGCAAAUUUUCGAUGGACUGAGAAAAAUUCAAGAAGAUGUAGAGAAUGGUGGAUGGAUGAUUGAAGAGAUCAGAGGGAAGGGACUCAUGAUUGCUAUCGAGUUCAAAGACCCGUCCUCCCACAUCACUUCAUCUCACUCUCGUGGACCUAAUGUCCAAUUACCGCCUUAUCUCAGCACUUUGGUCCAGAACGCCUGUAUGGAUCAAGGACUCUUGUGCCUCACCACCAGUAUCUACCCAGUCAUGAGGUUGAUACCCGCUCUUAUCGUCAGCGAGGAAGAAGUGGACGAAAUGCUGGGUAUAAUGGCGCAGGCCGUCCAGACUGUUGCCAAGACAUUGGAAUGAAAGGGAUCUAUUUAUCUAGUCUGUUUCGAUGACGGUUGUCUUUCUUGAUGAUUUUGCGUUCUAUCUAUGCAUACACAGGUGGGAA